AUGCUUGUUGUGCUGGGGUUGGAGCGUGGAGUAGAUAUGUUCCCCUUACUAAUCUAAUAUAAAUUGGAACAAUUGGUAUACUUGAUAGUAGUUGUUUUCAUAUGUUUAGAAUAUAGGAUAAGACAAGCAAUGAAUUACAUUUUAUUUAUUAUGAAUGUAUUGAUCAUGAGAAUAAAACAAUCAAGAAAUAUUUUCUAUUUUUUGAUAGGGAAGUUGGAAGUAUUAAAGAAGAGAAUCUAAUAGAUAAUACCUAAUUAUGAAUUUGUUUGGUAUUUUAAAGGGUUCUUAUACAAAUCCUGCAAAAUCACCAAAUCAUAUUAUAUUUAUUAGAUGGAAUGGAGUAAAUAUAUUAAAAAACAAUAUCAUUAAAGUUUCCAAUUGAAAAAUAAAACUAUAACCUAAUAGUUGGAGGUGAUUUCAUUGUACCCCAAAAUAUUCCCCUUCAACUUUUUGAAAGAGAUAUCUUUUCCUAUUUUCCAGGAGAAAUUAUGUAUAUUUAGAAUUGUUUUCCACAAACCAUUAAUUAUUUUAUUUACAUCAUCCAUAUUAACUAUUACAUUUAUUGUGAGUGUGAAUAAAGUUUAACAACCAGCAUAGCAGAUUAUUUAUGAGUUUGUUUCUCAACAAUCUAAUUGUUAAGAAUUUUUAUUUUCUGGUUGGAUAAAAAUUUAAGAAAUUUAUUCAUCCGAUGAUGAAUUCGAUUUUUAAUUUAUGAGACUAUCUGGUAACUUUUAACAUUAAAAAUUAAUUGGACAAAAUUUGUGUGCAUUUUAACUAUUUUACAAGAUCUCAUCAAGUUAGAAUCAAAUUAUUAUAACAACUUAUAGCUAUACUUUCCCAGCUGUAGAUAUAGACUUUUCAAGCAAUCCUUUCUUAAAGUCUGAAGUAAUUGAUGUAGGCUCUGAUAUUAAAUUAUGGCAUUACCUAUUCGUAAAGAAACUAGAAAAUUCAAUUUUGGUUUCUAUUACUUUUUACAAAGGUUUUGAUAAAGAAGAAUUUAAUAUAAAAUUAGAUGUGUUACAGUUUAAUAAAGUGUAAUUUAAGUUAUCAUAUGGUAAUUUGUUAUAAUCUUCAUCUAAUUACCUAACAAUCUCAAUUGUAGGAUUCCAAUUUUUUAAUUGUCUAGGUUAUGAAGAACCAUCUGCAAGUUGCCACCCAACUUGCCAAGAAUGUGAUGGUCCAACAAAAGAUGAUUGCCUAACAUGUUUUUAGGAAUCAAAUCGAAGUUAUUUACCAGAUUAUAAGUAAUGUAUCUGUGAAUAUGGAACAAUUGAUAUGGAUAAUCAAUGUGUUAGUUAUGAAUUCUUAAACCUUAGAUUAAAUCAAGAAAAAUUAUUGAAAGAAGAAUGCAAAUAUGGUUUUUUCGAAUUUGAAGGGGAUUGUUAAUAAUGCCCUUCAAUAAUAAAUAAAAAUGUUAUAACCUGUUUGGAAUGUGUUUAGAAUCCUAAAAAAUGGGCUCAAACUCUUAUUUGUCAAACAACUUUAUAUACGGAUUAAGAAGGAAAUGUAUCAUAAUAGUUGUAGGACGACAAAAAGUACUAUACCUUUGUGGGCAACGAUUUAUAAUACUGUCCUGAUUGCAAAAUAAUAGUGACUCCAUCAUAUGAUUUAAUCGAAAAACUAGAUUAAUUUAAAGAUUUUUGUCUAACUUCUCAAUCAAUAAAUGAAAAUUGCUACUCAUGUGGAUUAAAAUGUAAAUCAUGUUAAAUCUUACAAACUAAUUUAAUUUGCUUAACCGAUGAAAUCAUACCGUUUCCUUAAUAUUAAUCUUGUGAACCUCCAAAUUACUAUAAUUUCCAAUAAAAUUGUGUAGCUUGUAAAAUAAAACAUUGUUUAUAUUGUUUCAAUUAUUUUGCAAGCGAUCCAACAAAAACUACUCUGGGCGCUUUAGAUGUUUAUUCUUUUAAUGAUGAAAAAAUUAAAGAUGGAAGUUACUCCCUGAUUGAUGAAGAAACUAUCGAAGGUUGUGCUUAAUGUGCUGAUAAAUACAUCUAUGAUUUCACAAUUAAGGAGUGUAUUGUUAAGAAGCCGUCCUAAUAAAAUUGCCUCCGAUCCUAUAUCAAUUUUUAAAAGGAAGAAAUUUGCACUCUUUCUGCCAAUGACGAUUUUACUAUUGCUCUGGAAAUCUAAAAUUGUGAAUCCCAUAUUCUUAAUUGUAAGUAAUGUAUCAAAACUCCAUAAUCUACUCUUAAAUGCUUACUUUGCGAGGAUUAUAAGAUGCUUUCUACCUUAACAGGAGUUUGCAGUGCUUGUGAAAAGAGUUUCUCCAAAUAAUGUUUAUUAGAGAACGGUUUAGAUCCUUGGAAAUGGAUAGUUCAAGGAUUUACUAAUUAAUUUUUACCUACUAAACCUAUUUUUUCUAAGUUUAUAAUGAUACCGAAUACUUUAAUCAUUGAAUGCAUACCUGGUUAUAAAAAGAUAAAAAAUGAAUGUUUUGUGCCUUGUGAUUAAACGUGUUCUGAAUGCAAAGAGACAGAUAAUGGUUUUUAAUGUUCUAAGUGCAAAUAAAAUUAUUAUUAAGACCCCAUAAGAAAUUAUUCCGAUGGAAAUUGUUUUCAAUGUUCCUCAUUAUGCCAAGUUUGUGAAAUUAGACCGAAUGAAGAAAUAAAUCAAAUAAAUCCAUAUUUUAUCACAACCCCAGAAAAUACGAUUUACACUUACAAAUGUCUUUAAUAAGUUCCUUAAGAACAAAUUCAAAUUGAUCCAAAUUUUCAAAUUGCAUAAUAUUGUUAUUAAAACAAUUGCGACAACAAUUUAGAAAUAUUUCAUGUAAACUAUUAUUUAAUUUAGGAUACAUACUGA